UAAUGACAAAAGUUAUUAGUCUGUUUCAUAUAAAAAAAUAUUUCCAUUCAUACACAGUUUAUAUAUGCGCAAACGUUUUAGGGAAAUUGAAACGAUAAUAGUUUAUAUUUUAAUAAAGCCCCCUUCGUUAUUGAUACUAAACGCAUAAAAUUAUUUCAGCUGUUCAAAAUAAAAUCAUUAUGAUAGUAAUAUUGCUUUCUCCUUACGAGACUAAAUUAUCCUUAUCUUAUCGGGCAUUGCUUAUGUUCUACAUAACAGUUUAGUUUGUAUAUGUUGAUAAAAGUCGUUUAUACGAGAUAGCAAUGUUACAGGAAUUAUAACAAAAUUAAGGUAAUACAUCGAAAAGUGUCACCAGAAAAGAUGGCUUUCUUGAUAGUAUUGUUAUCAGUGUUUGGCUUUGUGUACUCGGACUACGAUUGUUUGUGUAACUACAAUGUUGAGAAAAGUGUGCUACCGUCGCCGUCUUCGCAAGUGCAACCGAUUGGGUAUCUUUACGAGUUUGACUGUAAGGAAUUGAUUGGUGAUUUUUCAAGCUCAUCCACAUGGGUACAAAUUGCAUUUGAACACAAGAUCGGUUAUAUAGAAAACGAUGCACAAAUACAGUCUCAGAUUUGCCCAGGUGAUCCACCAUUAGAAGAUAAAGUCACUACAUCAACAGUUAGAACAACUGUUAAAACCACACAGGAAACAUCAACAAGAGCAACUUCACCAGCAACAACAACAAUAACAACAACAACAAAGCAAUCAAUGCCGUCAAUAAAGACGACUACAAAAUCAACGUCGAAGGAACCUGUAACAAAUAUAACCGUUGCAACACUUAAAACAACUACGAUAAAGACAACAACAACAACAUCUUCAACAAUGCAACCCUCAACCAAAAUAACUCGUUUCACCACUACUGGUGUUACAUCGCCAGCAACGACACCGGAUAUAAGUACAAGCACUUUUAAUUCAACACAUGUUACAACGUCACAAAAUGUUACAACAGCACGUAAAUUGGUAUGUCCAUUGAUAAUACAACAGGCAGCACUCUCAGAGAGAAGUUUUGCUUUCGUCAAUGACGACAAUGGAAAAUGUUAUGAACUUGUUACUUUUACAAGAACAUGGAGCUUUGCUGAAAACGAUUGUCUCACAAAAGGAGGACAUUUAACAUCCAUCAAAGACGUUAACGAAGAAAAUUUCCUUUCAAAUCAUGUCCAAGCAUACGGAUCAACAACAUGGAUUGGUUUAAAUGAUAAAACAGUCGAGGAACACUUUGAGUGGUCUUCAGGCGAUAAUGUUGGGUAUGUAAACUGGAAACCAGGUCGCAAAGAUCCAACAAAACAUUCUACAGAUGAUUGUGUAACCAUAGGAACUCUUUCUGGAACUUGGGACGAUGAAAGUUGCGCAAAUUAUCAUGCAUACAUAUGUAAAUUUGACGCUGUAGCCGACAAUGGAACACAUGUAAGCAAACCAACCUAUCCGACGCUCUCUCAUUCUUCUACGUCAUCUUCCAUAGCUAUGAUACCAUCAACUACAAGUAGCACAGAACGUUUGGAAUGUCCGCAAAAUGUACUACAUGCAGCGAGUACAAACGGUGAAACUACUUUUAUAAGUCAAGAAAGACGAAUAUGUUAUGAGUUGGUAACAAGACAUAAAGCCUGGGAUAAUGCUGAAACCGACUGUCAAAGGAAAGGUGGUCAUCUAGCAACGAUAACAAACUCUAGAGAAGAACAGUUGGUGUAUCACUACGUGAAAUCAUACGGACAUAACACAUGGAUUGGCCUUAAUGAUCAAACUCGUGAGGAACACUUCCAAUGGGCUUCCGGAGUUCCUGUCAGCUACUACAACUGGCAUACAGGCAGACUGGACAUUUAUACACAUAAAUUUGAGGAUUGUGUUGCCAUGGGCCCAAGAACGGGCACGUGGGAGGAUAUGGACUGCUUGUAUAAUUAUUACGCAUAUGUGUGUGAAUAUAAUGCCGUGACCGGACAUCAAGGAUCAUUCGCCAGUGUUGAUGGAAACACGCAACUGUGUACGUCCAGUGUUCGCCAUCUAGCCGAUAGAGAUAAUGGUAUACUAGGUCAAUUUGAAAGAGCCUGCUACGAACUGAUACCUAACUCGGAUGUCAGUUGGCAGCACGGCGAGGAUAUGUGUCAAAGCCGAGGCGGACACCUUGCUCAUAUAAGCAAUCAACAACAACAGACUUUUAUUCAAUCUUUUUUGUCUCGACAUUCGCCACAACAUGCAGUAUGGAUUGGACUUCAUGACACCCGUAUUGAAGGUGCAUUUGAAUGGACUGCAGGAACUUCGGUUUCAUUCACCAACUGGAUCUCUGGACACGAGAGUAAUUUUGAAAGUUAUCGCACAGAGGAUUGUGUGGCAUUUAUCCCUUACAAGAAUGGGAAAUGGGAUGAUAUACCGUGUGGUAAUACCUUUGACUUAGGAGAAACGCACCCUAUCUUGUGUCAAUAUAAGAUUCCACUUUCACCAGGGAUUGUUGGAUAGAUUUGGGAAUCAUGCUUUCAAUGUAAAGUUAAAUAAAACUGUUAAUAGUUUA